CUUCAUUCCCAACAAGAAAAAGUGAAAUAAUUCAAGAAUUCAAAAGCGGAUUUUGUUCUUGGUCGGCACAAUGUCGCGAUGCUUUCCAUUUCCACCACCUGGAUACGAAAAGAAAGCUAGGAUAGAGGAUCUAGACCCAUUGAAAAAGGAUAAGCAUAAAAAGAAGAGGAAAAAGGAGAAUAGGGAUCACAAAGAAAAGAAAAAGAGCAGGAGCAGACAUAAAAGGGACAAGGAGAAAGAUAGAGUUAAAGAUAAAGCUAGAACCUUAGAUGAGUCAAAACUUCCAGAUAAAAUCCAAUGUCACAAUCGACAGUUCCUCUUUCAGAAAGAUCUCGAAGACAAGGAUAACUGCAGGCUAACCGAGAAGAAAUAUGCUGGACAGUCGGCUGGUUAUAGUGAAGGAAAGUUUAGUUAUGGUAGCCAUCUGCCCGAGAAAUUUAGUGUCUCCGAAAUUGCGCUCGAGUUACCUAAGAGGAAUAAGGACGAGGAUGUUGAUAGUGGAUUUAGGAACCUUUUGGGGGAGAAGUUGUCUACUUGUCUUCCAGAGAGAAAUGACUGGAUGGAUAAGACAAUGGCUAAGGUCACUCAAAACUUCAUCGAAGGGAAGACGAAGAACAAGAAUAAGGACAGUCGUGAAGCAAAAUAUGGAGAUCUAGGAAUACGGGAGGAGUCAAAGUUCAGCAAAAGGGGGACUAUUCAGCCUACGGUUAAAGAUGGAGUGGAUUCGGUGGAGAAGAAUGCUGAUGCUAGAACUGAAGAGAAGAAGUGGAAAGGAGAUGGGAAGGAUGAAAAAAGCAAGGAGAAACGGAAAGACAAAGAUAAGGAAGGGAAAGGUAAGGAAGGGAAAGGUAAGGAUAAAGAAAGAGAUAAAAAGAAGAAAAAGAAGGAGAAGAUUGAACAGAAGUUUGGAAACCUAGAAAAAUCAAAAGAAAGAUACGAAGGCGACGUUACCAGUCCUGAUUCAAUAAUAACAUCACAACUUCUCAGGGACAGCCACGGAUCUGUUGCUAGUAUGGGAAGCCUCAUGAAGAGGAAGGAAUUUGAGAUCAAUGGAAUCUUUGCCAAGGAUCAUAUGUCCAGUAACUCUACAAAGUUCACUUCUUCUUCUGAUCUGCCUAGAGUAAAGCACAAGAUGUUAAAAUCUUGCCAAUCUUCUGCACCAACUGCUUCAAAUUGGCAGGUACAGUCAAAGCCACCACAUCCAGAUUUAGAGUGUUUAAGCCAGGUGUAUUUAGUUCCCAAAAUGGAGGAAUGGUCAGAUUUUUGUGACCAAGAUUGGCUGUAUAGUAGCAGUGCUUCCAAAUUGAAGAAGCUGAAUGCACACAGGUUCGAGAUGGAGACAACAACACCAUAUGUAUGGGCAGAGGCAAUGCAGAUUGACUCGAUUGAUAUCUGCGCUUUACCGUAUGUUGUUCCAUAUUGAAAGCGAUAAACGUCGUCUUAGCUGCAUCGACAACUCUAACAAACAGCCCGGAGAUGGUUUUUCAAUUGUUCUGCAGCAUUCCUUCAUUUUCACUCAGUUGUAGAGGUCUAACAUGAUUGGUAUUUGCUCUGUGAUCGAUGUUGUCACAUGAACUCGCUGCUGGCUCGGCGAGCUGGGAUUUGGACGAUCUUUUCACCGGUUAACACUCAACAUCCCUAAUUCAUUUAUGUAGCCAAGUAAAAUGCAAGUUCAUGAGAGAUUGCUCAGUAGGCAAAGAUGCAUAAGCUUAUUAUGUAAUUUCCCCUUUCAUUUUAAAAGGGAAGUUAGAUGUGUAGAACAUAACUCUUGAUAGAUUUAUAAGAUAUAGAAAUAUAUAGAAUUUAGUCA